AUGGCGACCGCCUACAACCUCAGGUCCCGCGACGAGCCGGACGACUUCGACGAGUUCGACUCCACGCCCUACGGCGGCGGCUACGACCUCUUCGCCACCUUCGGCCGCCCGCUCCCGCCCUCCGACGAGACCUGCUACCCCUGCUCCGCCCCCUCCACCUCCUACGACGCGCCCCACUACGCCGCCGAGGAGCCCUCCCCCUACGCCCACCACCAGAAGCCGCAGCCCGCCUACGGCUUCCGCCCCCAGCAGGAGGAGCAGCCGUCCUACGGCUCCGGCUACGGGUCCAAGCCCCAGCGCUCCGAGGAGGACACCUACGGAUCUGGCUACGGCCGGAAGCCGCAGCAGGAGGAGCCCGCCUACGGGUCCGGGUACGGCUCCGGCUACGGGAGGAAGCCGCAGGCCGAGGAGAGCUACGGAUCUGGGUACGGGAACACGACGCAGCCGGAGGAGGGCUACGGCUCCGGCUACGGGUCCAAGCCGCAGGUGGAGCAGACCUACGGCGGAUCGGAGUACGGCUCUGGCUACGGAAGGAAGCCGCAGGUGGAGGAGAGCUAUGGGUCGGGGUACGGAAGCAGGCCGCAGGGAGGGGGAGAGGAGUAUGGUAGCGCUGGGUAUGGUGGGAGGAAGACUGAGGAGGAGGGCUAUGGUGGCUCUGGGUAUGGAUCUGGGAGGAAGGUGCAAGGGGAGGAUGAAGGUGCGUACGGCUCUGGUGGGUACCAGAAGCCCAAGCCGUAUGGAGAGGAGACCCAGGGUUCAUAUGGUGGUGGGUACGGCGGGGGAAACUAUGGCCGCAAGAAGCAGGAUGAUGACUCUGAUGACGAGAAGAAGAACCGUUACGCCAAGCGCGAUGACUCUGAUGAUGAGAAGAAGGAGCGUUACGAGAAGCACCACCACCACCGCCGCCACAACUACGACGACUAA